AUGGAACUCAUCGAGAACAUGGCGGCCAGCGAUCAAGCAAUCCUUUGUGAUCGUACCUAUGUUUCCAUGAAAAGAAGCCUCUUGGAACUCGGCACGCAGGACGCGACGUUGGCACAAAACAAGCUGUUGACGAGACAGAUAGAAGCCCUUACCGAAACCCUCAGCAAAUUACCUCAACAAUUACAAGCAGUAAGUUCUUCCCACUCUUCUGUUUUGCAGGUAGAAGGAUGCCCCACAUGCGGAGGAACCCAUGAGCCUAGACAAUGUGUAAGUCAACAGGACACCUCUCGAGAAGUAAACUAUAUGGGCAUACCAAAUCGCGGAUUCCAGGGUUACAACCAGGGGAACUCAUCCAGAUUCCACCAAGGGGGAGCAGGAUUCAAUCACGGGCCACCAGGAUUUAAUCAAGGAAGAAAUUUCAUGCAAGGUUCAGGGUGGAGGAAUCAGGGAAACCAAUAUAAGGAGCAAAGGAACCAACAACCAUACCAACCGCCAUACCAGCACCCCAGCCAAGGUCUGAAUCAACAAGAAAAGCCCACCAAUAUAGAAGAACUGCUGCUGCAAUUCAUCCAGGAGACACGAUCUCAUCAAAAGAGCACGGAUGCAGCCAUUCGGAAUCUGGAAGUUCAAAUAGGCCAAUUGGCACACGACAAAGCCGAACGGCCCACUAGAACUUUUGGGGCUAACACGGAGAAAAACCCGAAGGAAGAAUGCAAGGCAGUGCUGACUCGAGGGCAGAAAAAAGCACAGGAGGAAGGUAAGGUUGAAGAAGAAGACCAGACAGAGGAAGAAAGGACAGAGACACCAGAAGAAAGGACAGAAGAAGAAGAGAAGGUGGCAUCACCACCUAAAACCAAGAGCCAGAAAGCAAGAGAAGCCAAGAAGGAAGAACCACCUGCCCUACCACAAGAUCUACCAUAUCCUGUGGUACCCACCAAGAAGAACCAGGAACACUACUUCAGACGUUUCUUGGAAAUAUUCAAAGGGCUGGAGAUCACUAUGCCAUUCGGGGAAGCCUUACAGCAGAUGCCCCUCUACUCCAAAUUUAUGAAGGACAUCCUCACCAAGAAGGGGAAGUACAUUGACAAUGAGAAUAUUGUGGUAGGGGGUAAUUGCAGUGCUAUAAUACAGAGGAAGCUACCUAAGAAGUUUAAGGACCCCGAUAGUGUUACCAUCCCGUGCACCAUAGGGAAGGAAAUGGUAAACAAGGCCCUCAUUGAUUUAGGAGCAAGUAUCAAUCUGAUGCCCUUGUCAAUGUGCAAAAGAAUCGGGAAUUUGAAGAUAGAUCCUACCAAGAUGACGCUUCAACUAGCAGACCGCUUGAUUACAAGACCAUACGGGGUGGUAGAAGAUGUCCUAGUCAAGGUACGCCACUUUACUUUUCCGGUGGACUUUGUCAUAAUGGAUAUCGAAGAAGACAUAGACAUUCCCCUCAUCUUAGGCAGACCUUUCAUGCUAACUGCCAACUGUGUGGUGGAUAUGGGGAAUGGGAACUUGGAGUUGAGUAUUGACAAUCAGAAGAUCACCUUCGACCUUUUCAAAGCAAUGAAGUACCCACAGGAGGGUUGGAAGUGUUUCAGAGUGGAAGAGAUUGAUAAGGAAGAUGUCAGUAUUCUCAAAACACCACAUUAUUCACUAGAGAAAGCAAUGGUAAAUGCUUUGGGCUGUCUAACCAGUGAGGAAGAAGAAGAUCUGAAGGCUUGUUUGGAAGACUUGGAUCGACAAGACAGUAUUCCUGAGGGAGAAGCCAAAUUUGAGACGCUAGAGAAGAAAGUUUCGUCCGAGAAGAAGAAGAUAGACUUGAAGAUAUUGCCCGAUAAUCUAAAGUAUGUGUUCUUGGAGGAAGAUAAACCUGUAGUAAUCAGUAACGCACUCACAACAGAGGAGGAAAACAGGUUGGUAGAUGUCCUCAAGAAACACAGGGAAGCAAUUGGAUGGCAUAUAUCGGAUCUCAAGGGAAUUAGCCCUGCUUAUUGCAUGCACAGAAUAAUGAUGGAAGAGGACUACAAGCCAGUCCGGCAACCCUAG